CUCCGAGCCCAUCCAGACUGCCCCGACCCCAGCUUUCUGUCCUUUGAAAACACUAAGAAUAAUGUCCCUGAAUCAGUUUUUACUAGAGCCGAUCACCUGUCACGCCUGGAACAGGGAUCAUACCCAGACUGCCCUUAGCCCCACUAAUCACGAAGUCCACAUCUAUAAGAAGAACGGGAGUCAGUGGGUGAAAGCUCAUGAACUCAAGGAGCACAACAGACACAUCACAGGCAUCAACUGGGCUCCCAAGAGCGACCACAUUGUCACUUGUGGGGCAGACUGCAAUGCCUAUGUCUGGAGUCAGAAAGAUGGUGUUUGGAAGCCAACACUGGUGAUCCUGCGAAUUGAUGUUGCAGCCACUUUUGUCAAGUGGUCCCCUCUAGAGAACAAAUUUGCCGUAGGAAGUGGAGCACGGCUCAUUUCUAUUUGUUACUUCGAGUCUGAAAAUGACUGGUGGGUAAGCAAGCACAUUAAAAAGCCAGUUCAUUCCACGGUCCUCAGCUUGGAUUGGCAUCCCAACAAUGUCUUGCUGGCAGCAGGAUCCUAUGAUUUCAAAUGCAGAGUAGUGUUUUCUGCCUACAUUAAAAAAGUAGAUGAAAAGCCAGGUACCCCCUGGGGCAGCAAGAUGCCUUUUGGUCAGCUGAUGUCAGAGUUUGGUGGCAGUGGCACUGGUGGCUGUGUGCACGGGGUCAGGUUUUCCAGUGGGAGCCGCCUGGCCUGGGUCAGCCACGAUAGCACCGCAUCUGUUGCUGAUGCCUCAAAAAGCGUACAGAUCUCAACUCUAAAGACAGAGUUCCUGCCCCUCCUGAGUGUAUCAUUUGUUUCGGAGAAUAGUGUUGCAGCUGCUGGCCAUGACUCCUGCCCAAUGCUCUUUAACUACUAUGACCGUGGUUGCUUGACCUUCGUCUCCAAGCUAGACAUUCCAAAACAGAGCAUCCAGCACCACGUGUCUGCCAUGGAACACUUCUGCAACAUGGACCAGAGGGCCACGACUGAGGACCGCAACACAGCCUUGGAGACGCUGCACCAGAACAGCAUCACUCAAGUGUCUAUUAAUGAGGUGAACAAGCAAGAUUGUCGCAAAUUUUGCAUGACUGGCAUCGAUGGAGCCAUGAUAAUUUGGAAUUUCAAGACCUUAGAGUCUUCUAUCCAGGGCCUUCGGAUAAUGUGA